CCUGAUCACGUGUCUCCGCCGCCGGCUCGGGCUUGAAGCACCGCAGCAGAUUUUAGGUAAAGUUUUGAGAAAGAAGAAAUCAAGGUCAGAGAGGGAAUCAUCCCAGAUCUUUGGGGAGAAGGGGCUGCAAGAAGUAGCUCUCCCUUCACCAUAGCAGGACAGGUAGAAAGAACAGGUCUGUAAACCUGAUGCAGGCAGGAGUUGCAUCUGACAUAUUUCUGUCUCUGCCAUCGCACACUGCGGCAGCCUGUGUAGUGUUCUGCACAGAGGUUAAGGAGAGACAGAGCCCCGAGGCCUCCUAGGAUAACAGCUCCAAAUGAGCUGGUGCCACCCUCCCAGCUGAACGUGUUCCCUCAGCUCCCCAGGGGAUGUGGUUGUGAGACAGAACCCACAGAACCUGAAGGAAGAGGACUCUCAGGGCCAUGGCCCAGCUUAGCAUCAACAGUGACCUUGGCGAGUGGGGCUUAAGCACAGACUCCGGGGAGCGGGCCCGUCUGCUGCAGAGUCCCUCUGUGGACGUGGCCCCCAAGAGUGAGGGAGAGGCUUCUCCUGAAAUUGUGGGCAGAGGUACCACUUCUACACUUGGGGCCAUCUUCAUCGUUGUCAAUGCCUGCCUGGGCGCAGGGCUGCUCAACUUCCCAGCAGCCUUCAGCACUGCGGGGGGCGUGGCAGCCGGCAUCACGCUGCAGAUGGCCAUGCUGGUUUUCAUCAUCAGUGGCCUCGUCAUCCUGGCCUACUGCUCCCAGGCCAGCAAUGAGAGGACCUACCAGGAGGUGGUGUGGGCUGUGUGUGGCAAGCUGACAGGGGUGCUGUGCGAGGUGGCCAUUGCCAUCUACACCUUUGGGACCUGCAUUGCCUUCCUCAUCAUCAUUGGGGACCAGCAGGACAAGAUUAUAGCUGUGAUGGCAAAGGAGCCUGCAGGGGCCAGCGGCAGCCCCUGGUACACAGACCGCAAGUUCACCAUCAGCCUCACUGCCUUCCUCUUCAUCCUGCCCCUUUCCAUCCCCAGGGAGAUCGGCUUCCAGAAAUAUGCCAGCUUCCUAAGCGUCGUGGGCACCUGGUACGUCACUGCCAUCAUUAUCAUCAAAUACAUCUGGCCCGAUAAAGAGAUGACGCCAGCAGACGCCCUGAACAGGCCAGCUUCCUGGAUAGCCGUGUUCAAUGCCAUGCCCACCAUUUGCUUCGGAUUUCAGUGCCACGUGAGCAGUGUGCCCGUCUUCAACAGCAUGCGGCGGCCCGAGGUGAAGACCUGGGGCGGGGUAGUGACAGCUGCCAUGGUCAUAGCCCUCGCUGUCUACAUGGGCACAGGCAUCUGUGGCUUCCUGACCUUUGGAGAUGCCGUGGACCCCGACGUGCUCCUGUCCUACCCGUCAGAGGACAUGGCUGUGGCCGUUGCCCGUGCCUUCAUCAUCCUGAGCGUGCUCACCUCCUACCCCAUCCUGCACUUCUGUGGGCGGGCGGUGGUUGAAGGCCUGUGGCUGCGCUACCAGGGGAUGCCGGUGGAGGAGGACGUGGGGCGGGAGCGGCGGCGGCGAGUGCUGCAGACGCUGGUCUGGUUCCUGCUCACCCUGCUGCUGGCGCUCUUCAUCCCCGACAUUGGCAAGGUCAUCUCAGUCGUCGGAGGCCUGGCCGCCUGCUUCAUCUUCGUCUUCCCAGGGCUGUGCCUCAUUCAGGCGAAACUCUCUGAGAUGGAGGAAGUCAAGCCAGCCAGCUGGUGGGCGAUGGUUAGUUAUGGAGUCCUCUUGGUCACUCUGGGAGCCUUCAUCUUUGGCCAGACCACAGCCAACGCCAUCUUUGUGGAUCUCUUAGCAUAACCACUGCCUCCCAGGGAAUACAUGGCCUUUGCCAUUGGACCUGGGAACCCAUCUCAUAGAGCUGCAGAGCCACCCUGCAGAGUCUGGCAUUGUUGCCCUCUACUGGUGGGAUGACAUCUGAACAUCCUUUCCAGGGACAGUUCUGGGGUGAAAUCACGCCCCAUACUUAUGGACAGCUCAAACUCAGCUCACUUCCUGCUCCCUGGUCCUGGCAGUGCCAUGGAUGGUGGGAAGAGAUUUUGUGUCACAGAGGAGCCUUCCCCUGCCUCCUCCAACUGUCGACUUCUCCAUGCCUGGAAGCCAUGGGUGAAGAGGGUCAGUAGGUCUCUGAAGAAAGAACCCAGCCUGAACCCACUCUGGAGAAAGAGUGUGGGCCAAGGGCUCCCAUCUUCCACAGAGAAGCGUGUCCUGAGUAGGGGCUGUGUUUAUCACCCCAGGACUUAUUGCUUGCUCCUGUCCGUUGGCAGCCCAACCAGCAGUGACUUUCUCUGGCAAGUUCCAAAGGUAGUACUGAAGUUAUACAAGUGUGCAGAUGCAGGUAGAUCGAUGCCUUGUCCACUGCCUCCUGGGCCCACAGGGAGCCUAAGAGCCCUCAUUCCCAUGGCUGAUUGACAUUUCCCAAGCCUUCUGAGGCCUCAUCCUAUCUCUACCCAGACCUGAAGGUCCAGGCAUCCAUCUGCUUCUCCAUCCCCAGACAUCAACAAGUCUAAUGUUUACAAACGGUGUCAGCCCAGCUCUGAGCCAGGGGCCAGGGCCGUCCCGUGCCACGGUGCUGUGAGGACUCCUCCCUUAACUUUCCCCAUGGCGGGAGUCUGCUUUUCUCUCACAGAUUCCAGAUGGGCCCCUCUAUUUUGAGGCACAAGGGUGGGUGAUGGAGAAGGCUGGGAACCUCUCAGACCCAUGAGGGCUGGGCUAGUGAGGAUCAAGGUGAAUCUGUCUGGUAUCUUCACUUUCAUUGGUUGCUUCUCUUCUCUCUGCCCUCCAUGUGCCCCUCCCACCAACCUGAGCCCAGCAGCCUGGAGACAAGAAAGGCAUCUGAGUUGUCACUGACUGAGCAACAUCUGAGUGUGGUCAUGCCAGCCUGGAAGUUUCCCUUCCAAUCUGGAUCUUGUCUGCUUCUUCCCCCAUCACCACUUCACCCCUACCCCAUUUUUCCUGUGUAGCUCAAUCUCUCCUGCUAAGAGAUGUAUGGGGGUGGGGGUGGCCAAAUUCUCUCGUCACUUCGUCAGCUCCACACAUACACCAGGCCUGGCCUCCUCUUCGUUCACACUGAGGUCACACCUAGGUUGAGCCCCAGGAGGGUUGAAGAGGGAUGUUACUUCCCCCUUUGUAUUCCUGUUUUGAACACCUGGCCACUGACUUAGGCCAAUCCCAGGCACUGCUUCUGCCUGGAAAACCCAGCACUUCCCUGGCCCCUCCUGCCUAAAACCUCUGAAUGGAGGGGCGGGGGUGAGAGGGACCCCAGCCCUCAGGGCAGUGAGAUAAGCAGCAGAGGCUGGCUGGAGGCCAGAUCAGAUUCUGCUCAGUCCCCAGACUGGGUGGCCUGCCUUUCCUCACAUCCCCUCUCUGCCCCUUGGGCCAGACCCACUUGGCCGCUUUCUCUCAGUCUGUUGCAGAGCACCGGGCCCUGCCAGUGCCCAUCUCUGACAAGGUUAGGAGGACGGCCCAUCAGCAGGGCUGCACUGCCUCCCAACGUUGGAUUUCAGUUGAAGGGCGUGGGAAUGUAAGGGGAGUCAUGGCACAGAAACGAACCAGUCGGGAAAAGGAGCUGCAAUCUGGCCCCUUGGCCUAACCUCAGGAGCCCCUUCCCCUGCCCUCCCUGCCAGGGCAUUUUACUGUUUCUUUUCUACUUGUGCACAUUCAGACCAGGGAGGAUGAUUAAUAAAAAGGGACCUGUGCUGCUGA